AUGCAGCGCGGCGACCACCACCACCGCCACGGCACGCCCGCCGGCGCCGGCCUCAGCGUGCCGGUCCUGGCCUUUGCGGCGGCGCUGGUGACGGCCAUCAUCAUGCUCAUCUCAGACUGGACGGUGCAUGCCACUAGGCAGGUGGAUUGCAGCGCCUUCUCAUCUUUCCUGGACCGCCGCCACCAGCACGCCCACGUGCAGCAGAUGCUCUCGGAGGCCGCGGCCCUGCCAGCAGCGCAGGCGGCGGCGCAGGCGCAGGCGGCCGCGGCGGCGCCGGGGCUGCUGCCCGCCACCGCGACCGCGCUGGGGGGGGUGGCGUCGGACGCGAUGCGCCGCGUGGGCUGGCGCAGCGGCGUCAAGUUUGCUCGCUUUGAUGCCGCCGCCAGCGUGGACGCCGUGCUGAAGAGCUCCCUGAGCUACGCCGGCAGUUUCCUGCUGAUUGUCCCCGGCAACGGCAGCCUGCAGCGGCGCGGCAAGGGCACCCCUUUCUUCUCUAUAGACCCCGCAGCGGCCAGCCUGACGCCCGUGCUGUCCCCCGCCGCGGCAGCGCUGAACGCGGCGGCGGGCGUGCUGGAGAAGGCCAUCGGCCGCCGCCUGUUCCCGUUCCAGCUGGAAAUCGCGGCGCUGCCAGCUUGCGGCGCCGGCGCCGGCCCCUGCGCUGUGUGGGAGGCCAGCAGCGGUCGGCUCAUGCUGGAUGCCUGGCUGGCUGGGCAGAUGGCGGCGGCAGGGGGAGCAGGAUCAGCAGGAUCCGGGGCAGCAGGCGCCGUCGCUGGCCAGAAGAGCAAGGAGGCAGCAGCAGGGAUAGAGGACCAGGAGGCAGAAGCGGCGGCAGGCCCGGAAGCAGCAGCAGCAGACGAUGCAGCAGUAGCAGAGGCAGAGGAAGCGGCAGAAGGGACAGCAGAGGCAUCAGCAGGGGAGGCCGCCAGCGGGGACGGCGGGCUGGGCACGCUGCUGGGCGCGUUUGUGGAGACGCUGGCGGAGCAGGCUGCAGAGGCGAGCGGCCUGCUGAAGAAGGGCAAGGCCUCCCUGCCUGCGCUGGCGGCCAUCUUUGCCAGGGCGGGCGCCGCCUCCGUCACCCUGCUCAUGGCCUCCCAGGUCCCGCUCUGGUGGUGCAUCGCCUGCCCCCUUGUCCUGGGCAUGCUGGCGCCGUUCCUCUUCAACUUUGGGCUCACUGCGGCGGCAGAGGCCCUGUGCGCCCAGCUGCGCCUGCCUGACGACACCUGCGCCGACCUCUGGUGGGGUGCCUUUGCUGUGGCGCUGAUGCUGUCGCUGGCCUCUGCCGUGCCGAUCGUGUACCUGUGCCGCCUGCCAGAGUGCGGCCGGCGCGGGGUGGCGGCGGCCGGCGGCGCCCUGGCGGUGGCCGCCCGCAUGGUGGCCAGCUAG